UACUUUUUAGAGUUGUGUCGACUGCUAUUUCCUUCUCUUCCCUAUUUAAACCACCCUUCUCUUUCUUCUGUUAAAGCAUUCAACAACACAUUUUGGUUAAGAAGUUCAAGUUUUUUUUGGGUCAUUAUCAUUUCCAUCAUUUUCUACAAUUUUUAACAUGGAGAGAAUCCCUCAAGGGAAGCCAUUAUCAUCUCUUUCUUCUGUCGACCCUUUGAGCUGGGGUGUUGCAGCUGACUCUCUCAAGGGAAGCCAUUUGGAUGAAGUGAAACAUAUGGUUUCUGAGUAUAGGAGACCACUGGUGAAGCUUGGUGGUGAGACCUUGACCAUUUCUCAAGUUGCAGCCGUAGCUAAAAGUGAGUUGGGUAUCAAGGUUGAGCUUUCUGAGGGGGCAAGAGCUGGCGUUAAUGCUAGUUCUUAUUGGGUCCUUCAAGGCCUCCGCAAUGGUGUUGACACCUAUGGCAUUACUACUGGUUUUGGUGCUAAUUCUCGUCUAAGAACCAAGGAUGGAGCUACCCUUCAAAAGGAGCUUAUUAGGUUCUUGAAUGCUGGGAUCUUUGGGUAUGGAAGUGAGUCAUGCCACACACUUUCUCCCUCAGCAACUCGAGCCUCCAUGCUUGUUAGGACGAACACCCUGCUCCAGGGAUACUCUGGGAUCAGGUUCGAAAUUCUGGAGGCAAUCACCAAGCUUCUCAACCACAACGUCACCCCAUGCUUGCCGCUUCGUGGCUCAGUUACUGCAUCUGGUGAUAUUAUUCCUCUUUCCUAUAUUGCUGGAUUGCUCACUGGCAGGCCUAAUUCCAAAGCCAUUGGACCCAAUGGGGAACCCCUUGAUGCCCAAGAAGCCUUUCGUGUAGCCGAUAUUGAUUCCGGGUUCUUUGAGUUGCAGCCGAAAGAAGGCCUUGCGCUAGUCAAUGGCACUGCAGUUGGUUCUGCCAUGGCUGCCAUGGUUCUUUUUGAAGCAAACAUAUUGGCUGUUUUGUCAGAAAUUUUGGCCGCAAUAUUUGCUGAAGCCAUGAAUUGUAGAUUACCUGAGUUCACUGACCAUUUGAUUCAUAAAUUGAAGCAUCAUCCAGGACAAAUCGAGGCCGCUGCUAUAAUGGAACACAUACUUGAGGGAAGCACUAUCGUUACAGCGGCUAAGAGGAUCCAUGAAAUUGACCCUUUGCAGAAACCGAAACAAGAUCGCUAUGCUCUAAGGUCAGCUCCACAAUGGCUUGGUCCACAGAUUGAAGUGAUCAGAUUCGCAACCAAAUCGAUUGAAAGAGAGAUUAACUCUGUCAAUGAUAACCCUUUGGUAGAUGUGUCAAGGAACAAGGCAUUACAUUGUGCCAACUUCCAGGGUACCCCAAUUGGUGUCUCAAUGGACAAUGCUCGUUUAGCUAUUGCGGCAAUCGGGAAACUUAUGUUUGCUCAAUUCUCUGAACUUGUUAAUGAUUUCUACAACAAUGGCCUCCCAACAAACCUCUCUAGUGGUUGGAACCCAAGUCUGGAUUAUGGUUUUAAGGGUGCUGAAGUUGCAAUAGCUUCCUAUUGUUCUGAGCUCCAAUACUUGGCCAAUCCAGUCACCACCCAUGUUCAAAGUACUGAGCAACACAACCAAGAUGUGAACUCCUUGGGAUUAAUCUCUGCAUUAAAAACUGCUGAAGCUAUCGAUCUCUUGAAGCUAAUGUUGACAACAUUCUUGGUGGCUCUUUGCCAAGCUAUUGAUUUGAGGCAUUUAGAAGAUAAUUUGAAGGACACAGUGAAGAACACAGUGGGCCAGAUAGCUAAGAAAACACUCACUACCGGUGCUGAUGGUGAACGCCACCCUUUAAGAUUCUGUGAAAAGGAUUUACUCCAAGCUGUGGACCGCGUAUACAUUUUUACCUAUAUCGAUGACCCUUCCAGUGCUACCUAUCCAUUGAUGCAAAAGUUGAGGCAAGUUCUUGUGGAGCAUGCAAUGAUAGAGGGUGAGAUGGAGAAGAAUCCAAGCACUUCAAUCUUCCAAAAUAUUGCAGCUUUUGAAGACGAAUUGAAGGCUGUUUUGCCCAAGGAGGUUGAGAAUGCAAGGGUUAGAGUUGAGAAUGGAAAUGCAGCAAUUCCAAACAAGAUCAAGGAUUGCAGAUCAUAUCCGUUGUACAAAUUCGUGAGGGAGGAGCUUGGAACUGGGUUGCUAACUGGGCAAAAAGUUACCUCACCUGGUGAGGAGUUUGACAAGGUGUUCACUGCUAUGUGCCAAGGGAAGAUCAUUGAUCCAAUGUUGGAAUGUCUAAAGGAGUGGAACGGUGCCCCUCUUCCCAUCUGCUAGUUUCUUUUCCUUUCAAUCUUUGAAGUUUGAACAUGUAUGAAAUGAUAUCUUUCUAAUAAAAGUGUUCAUGAUAUUUGCUGUCGUGGAAACGUUAAGAAAUGGUUGGAAGUAGAAAAUUUUACUGAA